AGCCACAGGGGGGAGGGGGGAUUCUCUACCGGCCAGAAAAUUCUCUAGCGCGCCGGGAGAGCGCGUAGUCGUCGAUUCCCUUCCCUUUCUCUUCCUCCUCCUCCUCCCGCCCCUCGCUCCCACCAAUUUGUUUUAUUUAUAUAAACUUUUGUGUCACGCGGCGACGCAGCGCGUCGCGUAUACGUUUUCUUCUGCGCGCAUUGACGAAUGAGGCACGGCGAAAUUUUGAAAAGAAAUUGACGAAUCUUUGCUGUCGUUAACGAAUAACGCUAACACGAAAGUAAUUAAACUUUUUGUUUAACUUAAUUAGCGAUUAAUUCGACCGGCAGAAUUGCUUGCUGCAAAAUUUCUGACCAGCGUGUUUUGAAUUCUCUUCGUAGAAAUUUAAAUUUAAAUUUUAAAUUGUUACAUAUAUGUAUUAUUUUUCUCUAUAACAGAAAAUCUCGAGAAACUCUUCUCAAAAGGUGGUAGAUCCAUUUUUCCAAAUUUCAAAUAAAUAAUUUGGAUUAAUCUUAUUCUUUUCUUUCCAGGAGACAUGAAAAAUACCGUAUACUACAAAAAUUGAAAAUACCGUAUAAAUCAAUGAGUGUUUCGCAUUUUGCAAAUUAUAUAAAAUUUUUCUUGCAAACUUUGCAGUUUGCAAAAACUAUAAUGAAUCUUUUCACUUAUAUAUCUUGAUAUAAACGAAUCAGGUGAAACGUUUCUUUCUUGCUAUCCGAACGGAGAUGGCAAGUGCUCGGAUUCGAUAUAUUCACCGAGAUAAAUAUUCAAGUACUCCGCAUAUUUUGCAGUGAUUUCCGGGUAUCUACCUGUAAUUGAGACCGAAGGAAGACACGCUCAUCGAUUCUGAUGAAUAAUACCGACGCAAGUCUAAUUCCAACGGCCCAUGUUUUGUCCGUCGUAACUAUGACUACAACUUGCUAAGUUAAAAGAGAAGUGUCGACGUCGGAGACGUACUAUUGCGGAGGAGACACUCGAAGCAAGUGUGCAGCGAAUUCACGAGGUGACGUUCAAAAACAAUUCGGGCGAAAUGAACGAUAAGGAUGACAGCGCUUGGGUGUUCGAUUCCUUGAUUGGAUUUCUGCAAGGUCCCAUUUGGUCUUCACCUCUGCUGACUUUCAUCGAGGAAAAGUCCCUCGUUUUCGAGGCCAACACCGAAGACUGCGAAGAGUAUCGGAAAAUAUAUCAGGAGUACAAAAACUUGGUUGACUUGCUGCUCGGGUGCUUUAUGGAAGAUAUGGGUAUCACACCGGAACAAUUCGAGCACGCGUGCACCGUUAACCGAGAUACAAAGAUCCCGAUACAUUUUCAACAAAAUCUAUUCGAACAAAUAUGGGCGGCGAAUGAGUACGAGAUAUUCAAAAGGAUGAUGAUACAAAAGAACCUGGAGCUCCAGCUGCAGGCGCUAAAUAUGAUCGAACAAAAAUACGGUCUCACACCUGCCUCCCUCGUGUACGAGACGGACGGUUUCCUCGACGACGAACUGGUCAUGGAAGAUUUGAUACACAAACGUGUUCUGGAAGAUCAGAGUGAGGAGGAACCAGGCAUGUCCUCAGAAACAACGUUAAUUGCUGAACACGAGCGUUUAGCUGCCGAAUAUCAAAAUGAAAGAGCGUUAUUGGAAGAAGCAUUAAGAAAGUCGAAAGACGUCUCUCGAAAUACUUCGGACGACGAGUCAGCGGAAGAAGUUGAGUGUGCCGCCGUGUCCGCUGACGAAGAGCCGUUAGACAAACUUCAACUCAGGAAGAUGGGGCCUCUCAAGCCAAUACCGACUUCAAAAAAGAAAUCUGAUGAAGAUGAAGAGACGAAUGCAGAAGAUAUUAAAAAGAGGCAAGAAUAUCUGAAAGCCAGGCGAGACAAACUCGUAGCUUUGAAAAAGGAAGCUAGGAGCCAACAGCUAGAAAUGAACAAAACUCGACCAAGCUCGGCUAGAGUAAUUGCUGAAGCCACUAUGAAAGGGCAGCAAGAACUAGAAGCAGCGCAAGCUGUAGAUCCUUCAAUACUUCAAGUACGAAGGGCUCUUGCAGCCCGACUGAAAGCUGAAGUUGUGCACAAGUAAUUUUAAUUACGCAUUAUUAUAUACAUAUAUAUAU